AUGGACUGGAAAAUGCUUCCCAUUUACUUGUUGCUGCUGCCUUCUGUUUUCUUGAUUCAGCAAGUUUCUUCUCAAGAUAUAUCAAGCUGUGCAGGGAGAUGUGGGGAAGGGUAUUCUAGAGAUGCCAUCUGCAACUGUGAUUAUAACUGUCAACACUACAUGGAGUGCUGCCCCGACUUCAAGAAAGUCUGCACGAUGGAGCUUUCCUGUAAAGGCCGCUGCUUCGAGAGCUUUGCAAGAGGGAGGGAGUGCGACUGUGACUCAGACUGUAAGAAGUACGGCAAGUGCUGCUCCGAUUAUGAGACCUUUUGUGCCUCGGUGCAUAAUCCCACAUCACCAUCAUCUUCAAAGACUGCACCUCCGCCUCCAGGAGCAUCUCAAACCAUGAAGUCAACAAACAAAUGUUCACCCAAAUCACCAAACAAGAAGAAGACUAAGAAAGUUAUAGAAUCAGAGGAAAUUACGGAAGAACAUUCUGUUUCUGAAAAUCAAGAGUCUUCCUCCUCCUCUUCCUCUUCCUCUUCAACUAUUCGGAAAGUCAAGUCUUCUAAAAAUUCAUCUGCUAAUAGAAAAUUAAAGAAGAAACCCAAAGUAAAAGACAAGAAGAGAAGACCUCCUAAAAGGAAACCUACCCCAGAGCCACCAGGUGUAGAAGCUGGAAGUGGGCUGGACAGUGGUGACUUCAAGCUCACCCCAACUCCUGACAUUCCUACCACCCAACGUAACAAAGUUACCCCAACUCCCAAAAUUACAACUCUAAAACCAACAAUUCCUAAACCCAGUCUUCCACCUAAUUCUGAUACAACCAAAGAGACUUCUUCAAUAGCCAAUAAGGAGACAACAGUUGAAACUAAGGAGACUUCUUCAACAAAGAAGCAGACCUCACCUAGUGUAAAAGAGAAGACUAAAGAGUCGGGAAGUGCAGAGAAAACACCUACUGAAGAUUUUGCACCCACGCCUGAAGUUACUACAUCUAAACCCAAAGAGCCUGCACCCACCACCACCAAGGAGCCUGCACCCACCACCCCCAAGGAGCCAGCUCCCACCACCCCCAAGGAGCCUGCACCCACCACCCCCAAGGAGCCAGCUCCCACCACCACCAAGGAGCCUGCACCCACCACCCCCAAGGAGCCUGCACCCACCAGCACCAAGGAGCCUGCUCCCACCACCACCAAGGAGCCUGCUCCCACCACCCCCAAGGAGCCAGCUCCCACCACCACCAAGGAGCCUGAACCCACCACCCCCAAGGAACCAGCUCCCACCACCCCUGAGGAGCCUGCUCCCACCACCACCAAGGAGCCUGCACCCACCAGCACCAAGGAGCCUGUACCCACCAGCACCAAGGAACCAGCUCCCACCACCACCCCCAAGGAGCCUGCUCCCACCACCCCUGAGGAGCCUGCUCCCACCACCACCAAGGAGCCUGCUCCCACCACCCCCAAGGAGCCUGCACCCACCACCCCCAAGGAACCAGCUCCCACCACCACCACCAAGGAGCCUGCUCCCACCACCCCCAAGGAGCCAGCUCCCACCACCCCCAAGGAGCCUGCUCCCACCACCCCUGAGGAGCCUGCUCCCACCACCACCAAGGAGCCUGCUCCCACCACCCCCAAGGAGCCUGCACCCACCAGCACCAAGGAGCCAGCUCCCACCACCCCUGAGGAGCCUGCACCCACCACCACCAAGGAGCCUGCUCCCACCACCACCAAGGAGCCAGCUCCCACCACCCCCAAGGAGCCUGCUCCCACCACCACCAAGGAGCCUGCACCCACCACCACCAAGGAACCUGCACCCACCACCCCCAAGGAACCAGCUCCUACCCCCAAGGAGCCUGCUCCCACCACCCCUGAGGAGCCUGCUCCCACCACCCCCAAGGAGCCAGCUCCCACCACCACCAAGGAGCCUGCACCCACCACCACCAAGGAGCCUGCACCCACCCCCCCCAAGGAACCAGCUCCUACCCCCAAGGAGCCAGCUCCUACCACCACCGAGGAGCCUGCUCCCACCACCCCCAAGGAGCCAGCUCCCACCACCACCAAGGAGCCUCCUGCUCCCACCACCACCAAGGAGCCAGCUCCCACCACCCCCGAGGAGCCUGCACCCACCACCACCAAGGAGCCUGCACCCACCACCCCCAAGGAACCUGCACCCACCACCCCCAAGGAACCAGCUCCUACCCCCAAGGAGCCAGCUCCCACCACCCCUGAGGAGCCUGCACCCACCAGCACCAAGGAGCCAGCUCCCACCACCACCACCAAGGAGCCUGCUCCCACCACCCCCAAGGAACCAGCUCCUACCCCCAAGGAGCCAGCUCCCACCACCCCCAAGGAGCCUGCACCCACCACCCCCAAGGAACCAGCUCCCACCCCCAAGGAACCAGCUCCCACCACCCCCAAGGAGCCAGCUCCCACCACCCCCAAGGAACCAGCUCCCACCCUCCCCAAGGAACCAGCUCCCACCCCCAAGAAGCCAGCUCCCACCACCCCCAAGGAACCAGCUCCCACCCCCAAGGAGCCAGCUCCCACCACCACCAAGGAGCCUGCUCCCACCAGCCCCAAGGAGCCUGCACCCACCACCCCCAAGGAGCCAGCUUCUACCAGCCCCAAGGAGCCUGCACCUGCUACCUCCAGGGAACCUGUACCCACCACCCCCAAGGAACUCACUCCAAGUUCUCCUGAGACACCUGCUCCAACCGCCUCAGAGGCCUCUACUUCAACUACUACCACGGAGCCUUCUACUACUCCCAAGAAACCUGCUCAAUCAACUCCCGAGUUUCCAGUGGAAUCCACACCAAAGGCUCUUGAAAACCGUCCUAAGGAGCCUACUGUACCUACAAUCAAGUCUCCUCAAGUGACCGAGCCUGAAAUAACUCCAACAGCUAAAGAGAAGGCCACAGCAAAAGACAUACAGUUGUCGGAAACGACAACUGCCUCACCUAAGACUGUAACAGAGACAGCAACUAAAACAGAAGAAAAGACCACUGAGUCCAGAAUAACAAGUACAACCACACAAGUAACAUCUACCGCAACUGAAGAUACCACAACAUCCUCCAAAAUUACUCCUAAAGCAACUCUCGCACCCAAAGUCAUGACUGCAACAAAAAAGACAACCGGAAAGGCUGUGAGCAAACCUGAACAAACAACAGCUACACCAAAAGGUACAGCCACUAGUUCUAAAGUGACAACUCCUAAACCCCAAAAGCCAACCAAAGCACCCAGAAAGCCCACUUCUACCAGAAAGCCAAAAACACCCAAAGUGAAAAAACCGAAGACCACACCAGCUCCCCCAAAGACGACGACGUCAGCAAUGCCUACAUCGAGCCCUACCUCUUUAGCAGAAGCCACGUUCCAAAGCACCACCAGCCCUAACCUGACUCCCAAACCAGAAAUAAUUGAAGUAAAUCCAGAGAAUGAAGGUGCAGAUGCUGCUGAAGGAGAAAAACCUCACGUGAUUCCCAGGCCCCCUGUGUUAACUCCUAUAGUGAUUCCAGGCUCUGAUUUCAUAGUGAGAGGACCCAGUCAAGGCAUUGGCAUCAGCCCCAUGUUUCCAGAUGAGACUAAUUUAUGCAACGGUAGGCCAGUAGAUGGAAUGACUACUUUGCGCAAUGGGACAUUAGUUGCAUUUCGAGGUCAUUAUUUCUGGAUGCUAAAUCCGUUCAGUCCACCAUCUCCACCUCGUAGAAUUACUGAAGUUUGGGGCAUUCCCUCCCCCAUUGAUACUGUUUUUACUAGAUGCAAUUGUGAAGGAAAAACUUUCUUCUUUAAGGAUUCUCAGUAUUGGCGUUUCACCAAUGAUAUAAAAGAUGCAGGGUAUCCUAAACUGAUUUCCAAAGGAUUUGGAGGACUACAUGGAAAAAUAGUGGCAGCUCUCUCAAUAGCUAAGUACAAGAGCAGACCUGAAUCUGUGUAUUUUUUCAAGAGAGGUGGCAGCAUUCAGCAGUAUACUUAUAAACAGGAACCCAUCAAAAAGUGCACUGGAAGAAGGCCUGCUAUAAAUUAUCCAGUGUAUGGAGCAAUGACACAGGUCAGGAGACGUCGCUUUGAACGUGCGACAGGACCUUCUCAAAUUUUACACACCAUCCGAAUUCACCAUUCACCCAUCAGAGUCUCUUAUCAAGACAAAGGUUUCCUCCAUAAUGAAGUUAAAGUGAGCAUGCUGUGGAGAGGACUUCCAAAUCUGGUUACUUCAGCUAUAUCACUGCCCAGUGUCAGAAAACCAGAUGGCUAUGAUUACUAUGCCUUUUCUAAAGAUCAAUAUUAUAACCUUGAUGAGCCUAGCAGGACAGCAAGAGCCAUUAUUGUUCGUCCUGGGCAGACCUUAUCCACUGUCUGGUACAACUGUCCUUAG